GUUACGGUUUCAGUCUGGCGCGGUACGUCAGUGGGAGCGCGCGGAUCCCGAGCUUCCAAAUUCAAAUAUUUCAACUUUGCUCCUCUUUUUCGACUCUAAACGGCCAGUACGUUAGCUUUUUUAUUCGUGCGCGUCUCCGGUGCAAAGACUGAAGCAGGCAGCCUGACCGCUCAAGAUGGGUCGCUGCAGUGUGGCAGCCCUGCUCGCGCUGGUGUGUGCGGCGGCACCAGUGUUUUGUCAAACUGAGACGGAACCCCCGCCAACCACCACCAAGCAGCUCUCCACGAAGGUGUCCUCAGCCACCACGACCCCCGCGCCCCCCGCCUCCGUGACCUGGGGGCAGCAGGAGACCCCCAACGAGGGGCAGGCCAUACAGAAGGCCAUAGAGUAUCUGCUGGAACACCGCCAGCCGGACUGGGGCUGGGGGAAUGAUACGCACCAUGUCAUGUUGACGCUGCAGCUCGCGAACAACACAGGGAAGGAAAUCGAGCAGCAAAGUCUGGAGAUGCAGCUGUCGGCGAAACAGAUGGAGAUCGAGAUACUGCUCAUGAUGUCCAAGCACCACGAGUCCCCGGCCCCACUCGGCCGACUCGCCGCCUACACUCUGGCCCUGGGCGCCCUCUGCAAGGACCCCCGCUCCUUCCACUCCCGGGACCUGGUCUCCGCCCUUCUUCACCGGGAGCCGCCUCACGACCUGGAGUUUGCGUACGCCACGCUCGCCGCCUGCAGUUCUGCUGCCCAUGUCAGGAGGCGCCAUAUUCGACGGCUGUUGGAUAUUGCUAAUGCUGCUGCUGAUCAUAGUUUGGACACAAUCUCGAUGGUGAUCCUGGCGCUGCGCUGCGUGGUACAGGACCACCGGCACCGCAGUCUGCUGCACUUCGUGCGGCGCCCCAUGGCCGGCCUGGCAAGACAGCAGCACCCUGAUGGCAGCUUCGGCACUCUUACUACUACUGCGCUGGCUAUACAGGCCCUAGAAGACGCGGACAGCGGCCCCGGCGCCCACCAGCACUGGAGCCUGCCCGCGGCCCGCAAGUGGCUACUAGAGCGACAGGACCCGGAUGGAGGUUGGGGAGACGUGGCCAAGACUGCUGCUGCGGUGGCAGCUCUGACUCCAGCUUCACUGGCCGCUGUGAGGCCCCCGCAUUGCAGUGACAAGCUGCUGGAUAGCCGGCAUGAGCCUUUAGACAGCAACGGCGGCGACGGGUCCCUCAAGCUGGCGUACCAGUCGGGGCAGGCGGCCAACGAGUCAGAGGCGCGCAACGUGUCGUUCAGCUACACUCUGUGGCUGGGAACCAAUGUCACUGAGAACUACACCCUGUUUAUGGUCGCUCCGAGAAACAUCUCAUUCUACCACGUGAUGCAAAUGGCGGCGGACCAAGACCCCAAGUUCAAGUUUGAGGCGAGCGAGUGGCCCAACGGUCACUACGUGCACACCCUGGCUGGACACAAGGAGGAACCCAUGGGGUAUCACUACUGGCUGCUGUACCGGCUCCCUGAGACCCCCGACCCCGCCAGCCCGCCCGGCAAUCAGCUGGUCGCGCCUGUUGGAGUGGAUGACCUGCUGGUGGAGGAUGGAGAGCACUACCUCUUCUGGUACAAGAAGUUGUAAGCAUGAAGCAUGAAGUAUGAAGCAACAAAGAAAACUUUUUUUAAGCAGAAUGAGGUCUGGGGAUUGAAUUCAUCACGUUUAUAAAAUCUGAAAAUCUUUUAAUUUGUUUAACUUUCAUUAUGUUCACAGAUAUUUAUUUAAAAUAUUUAUUUUUAUCAAAGGUCUUGUAAUUAUUUAUUGUUUCUGUCUAACUUCAACUUUAUUUAGCUGACAUGAUCAUCAUUGAUCACUUUUGAAAGAUAAACCAUUUCUGUAAAUAAACAUUUAAACGUAGUUCGUUCAAUUAAAAAUUGUUAAAUUUUAGGAUUUACCUACUUAAAUAUUUAUACGCAAUAUUAAUAGGUAUAGGUAGGCAUGCUAUCUAGUCACUUAAAAAAAAUAUCUAUCGUCUGAAUAAGGGUAUAAGGUGAAAGUGCAUAUCUUUGAAAGGAAGGAAAUUAUGAUUAUCAUACCUAAUAGUUAUGACGUAUUUGUGACAAAGAUUUGAUCAAAAAGUUUGUAAUUAAGUAUUAAAUUACCAAUUAACUCAAUUAUCUUCUGAAAGGUGAGGUAAAAAAAUAAAAUAUUGAUAAAUAUCAUUGUUUUAAGAUACAUGUAAGUUUUAAGUCAUUCAUAUUAGGUUUCGAUCUCUGUAGUUCAGUAAACAAGUAAUUAUUGCAUGUAUUUAAUUACCCUUACAUAACUAGACAUUUAUUGUAUAUUAAGGGCAUUGAUUAUGAAUUGAAUUGUCUUUAUAUACUUAACUAAGUUAACUUAGUUCUAGUGUCUAUCAAUCCAAUCUUAAAAUAUACCCUAAACCUUCUUUUAAUUUAAUAAGGAUUAUAUAAAAAUAAGUCAAUAUUCCAUGAUAUCAUAAUGACAUAUAUAUACACUUACCUACAACAACCAUAAAAAACAUAAUGGUUAUCUUUUGUACUUAUAUCUUGGCAGCUGUUUUGUAUCUUGUUUAAAAUUAACACUCGAGCCAAAGAAACCUAACUAACUAACCUCUUAAUUUCGAGCAUUAACAAUGGUUGAAGCCUCUUAAGUGCCAAUUUCUCAAUGGUCGGUUAUCUAAUCGACGAGGGUUGGUUAAUCAAUUAUACGUCAUCUCCAUAUAAAAUUCUUGACAGAUGUGUCAAAAGUCAACCACUGAUACCUGGUUAUGCUCUAACCGACUAUGGAGAAAUUGGAGCUUAGUCUUAAGUAACAUUAGACACUCUGAUUAGGGUGAUGUUUCUAUGCUACAUCCAUACAAAAGAACUUAUGGUAGACAUUUUCCUUUUACUUACGAGUACAUUUAAAAAUACUUACCUUUAUUCAUGGUAGAGACUGAUGCAUUCCAAUGUGUAUUAAUUAUACUCACGUAAACAAGGUAGAUUCGAUUUUUAUUGUACCUAAGCAUCCAAUAAAAUGGUUCUUAAUAAACUUGAAAUAAGUACA